AUGUCUCUGUUUGGUGAAAUACUGUCCAUAAAUAAAAAUGAGGAGAAAUCUAACCAGUCCUCAGCUGGUCUUUCUCCUUAUUUGAACUUCGAUCCUCACUACAUACCGAAAAUGCAGCCAGAAUUCUUGUACCCUGACGACAGUCACAUGGCCUCAACCGCCAGAAGAUCUAACGUUGCUUUGCCCAUUAUCGGAAUGUCCUUCAUGACCGGAUCAGGCUUAGGAGGUAUGACAGGCUUAUACAAAGGAUUAAGAGCAACCACAUUAGCAGGUCAAACAGGCAAAGUUCGAAGAACACAAAUAAUCAAUUAUGUCAUGAAACAAGGCACAAACACAGGUUGUACUCUCGGUAUAAUCGCAUCUUUCUACUCCUGUAUUGCUCUCGGCGUCACGUGGCUCCGCGAUAAGGAAGACACGGGCAAUACCUUCAUAGCAGCAGCAACAACUGGUGUUAUUUAUAAGAGCACUGCUGGCCUCCGCUCAAUGGCCCUCGGCGGUGCCGUCGGCCUUACUCUCGCUGGAGUGUACACACUCAUCACAGACAAUGAUAACAUAUGGAGCAAAGCUAAAUAUAAUAGAUUGUGA